AUGGCCCCUGUUCACCCUCCCUCCCUGCGCCGCCCGCGCCAGCAUCACGGGCGCACCUUUUAUGCCACCGCCCUGAUAGUCACCUUGUUUGCGUGUUACAGCUUGUUGAGAGGCUUGGGCCCUGAGACUGCGCACCAUGCCGAGUCCAUUGCCGCCCGGUCACUCAAGCCACACGACUUGGAGUGUCGGCUCGUCCACCGUUCCAGCGACAAGUGUGCCUUUGUGAAGAACAACUGCCCCGAUGAAGAAGCUGGUCUCAUCUCAUACCUACAAUUCUACUAUUGCUCCCUCCCGCAUGCGCAGCCGCUGGCGUUCAUCAUCCUGGUACUAUGGGUCAGUCUCCUGUUCAGCACCAUCGGCAUGGUGGCCUCGGACUUUCUCUGCAUAAACCUGAGCACGAUCGCCACGAUUUUGGGGAUGAGUGAGAGCUUGACGGGAGUCACAUUCCUGGCCUUUGGUAAUGGGAGUCCGGAUGUCUUCUCCACAUUCGCGGCCAUGAGCAGCAACAGCGGCAGUCUGGCAGUGGGAGAGUUGGUGGGCGCCGCUGGAUUCAUUUCCGCCGUGGUCGCCGGGAGUAUGGCCUUGGUGGCACCGUUCCAGGUCGCCAAAAAGAGUUUUGUCCGAGACGUCGGGUUCUUCGCGGUGGCUGCCAGUUUCAGUCUGGUCUUCCUGGCGGACGGGAGUCUGCGACUCUGGGAGUGUGCGACCAUGAUCGGCUACUAUGUCUUCUACGUGGUCUUUGUGGUUGCGUGGCAUUGGUGGCUUACAAGACGAAGGCGAAUUAGAUUGGCCGAAACGACAGCCAGGCUGGGUCACCAUAUUCCAGACGCCCAGGAACUCGAAAUACCUCACAUAGAGGAAGACGAAGAAGCUCGCCCGGCAAGUGAGCGGACCGGCCUCCUUCGCUCAUCGUCCGGCGAGAGUGUCUCAACCCUGCGCACUCCCGGGACUCCAACCUGGAGAGUCGAAGAUCUGGACGAUGAUGACGAAGCUAGAGAUCGACACCUCGCGGAGUUGCAAAGCAAGAUGAGAGUUGGCCGCGCACCGCGGGGAGAAAGAAGAAACACCAUGACCCCGAUCCGGCCGAGCUUGAUCGGGGCCCUGGAGUUCAGGUCACUCAUGACUUCGUUGGAAAAGAAGAGUACAACUACACGGCCCAUCGGUCUGCGUCGAUAUUCGUCAGAAGACACGACGCAUCUGAGUCCAGGUCCCGUCAGUGCUCCUCCUCACGCCUCUCAGCCAGAACUUGUCCGCCAUUCUUCUCACGACCUCCUCGGCAUUGAGGAAGAACCCCACGGCCCAGGGGUUCGAGGACGCGCAGUUUCUGCCAACGAUGCUACAGGCCUCCGACUUGACACGGAUUUCCUAUCCGACAUUGCGUCCGAAAGGGGAGCCGGAAGUCUUCUGAUCAGUGACGCUUCUUCCUUGACAGCCCCGGAAACGCACUCCAGACCUAGCGCGGAGAUUUUACGAACGCUCAACGAGCCUUCGACUCAAGAGCGCAAUGCGGCCUCACCGAAACUUGUUUUGUCACCCACGAGCUCACAACAUCGCCUGGAUGCUCAAGCUCAACUCCCCGAUUCUAUCAGAUCAGCUAAUCUUCUGGCGCCACCCGCAACCUCGUUCCGUCGCCCCAACUACAACGAGGAGCGUCAUGGAGAAGACAGUAGUCCGCUGUACUCCCCUAGAGCUGGCCCAACGUUGCAGAUCCCGAUUCUGCGCACACCACAUCCAGAUCACCAACAACGGCGAUUGCAACAGGAAGACUUCCCCCCUUAUUCAGAUUCUCCCAUGUCGUCGAGGUCUGCUAGCAUGCACCUGCCGGAGCCCAGCAUGUCGCCGGAAUCCGCCCAUCGUUUUGGCCUUCUUCUCGACGAGGAUGAGGAGCCCAGGCGUCACUUUUCUUGGUGGCCGUACAAACACCUUCCGGCCCCGCAAGAUAUCAUCGCGACACUUUUCCCCACGCUGCGCGGAUGGCGCGAGAAGUCGAUCACCGAUCGAAUACUCGGCGUCGUCACCGCUCCCAGUGUGUUCCUCCUAACCAUUACCCUGCCUGUCGUUGAGCCCAAGCAGGACCAACCCGAAGAUCUGGACCCGGACCUUUUGGCGCCGGGAGGAGGCUAUCACAGCCGAACUCACAGCCAUGUCGGUCUACCAAGUGACCCCGCAGAUCUCGCCCCCAAAGCCACUCUGCCUGAAGUUAUUGGAACGUCCCAUCCUCACGGAACCAGCUUGACCCGGACCCUGUCGGACUACCCGCCGAAAACUGCCACUGCUGGCGUGCCGGCCGGGCAGAAGGAGUGGAACAGAUGGUUGGUGUUUGUGCAGGUGUUUACAGCACCAUUGUUUGUGGUCGCCAUUGUCUGGGCCAAUAUGGACGAGGGUCACACGAUCAAGCUCUACAUCCGAGUGGUGUUGGGGUCGUUGGUGUUUUCGCUGAUCUCCCUUUCCGUGCUACUCUCCUUGACAACCGCGAACCGCGAACCUAAAUAUCGACCGCUCUUAUGCUUCCUGGGCUUCGCGGUGGCGAUAGCGUGGAUCUCGACCAUCGCCAACGAAGUGGUUGGCGUGUUGAAGGCGUUUGGAGUCAUCUUGGGCAUCUCGGACGCCAUUCUGGGGCUGACUAUUUUCGCCGUGGGCAAUUCCCUGGGUGAUCUGGUUGCCGACAUCACGGUGGCCAAACUGGGAUACCCGGUGAUGGCGCUUUCGGCGUGCUUUGGCGGGCCCAUGCUGAAUAUCCUGCUCGGCAUCGGGAUCGGUGGCAUGUACAUGAUGAUCCACAAGGCCAGCCACACGCACGCCAAACAUCCGCACCGACCGAUCGAAUAUCAACCGUACCAGAUCGAGGUCAGCACGACGCUGAUGAUCUCGGGCAUCACCUUGUUGGUGACGCUGGUGGGGUUGUUGAUCGUGGUGCCGUUGAAUGGGUGGAGGAUGGAUCGUAGAAUCGGGUUGGGCUUGAUCGGGCUCUGGACCUUGUCUACGAUUGGCAACGUCGUGGUCGAGGUGCUUGGAUAUGGAGGAGAUACGGUAUGA